AUGUCGUGCAUUUUCGGCAAUGGCACUUUAGAGCAUCCCGUCUUGCGGCAACCUUGCCCUCCGGCAUUAGAGGAUUCUGCAGACCCAGCCCCUGAAGAUGUGCCGUGCAUACGUGUCAGGUCUGCCCCGUGCACACUCUUCGAGAAAUCCUUUUCUGCGAGGGCCGAUAUCUCUACCCAAGCUGAGGACGAACACCUUUGGGUCUUAGCGAUCAACAAGUGGUGUUGCAUUUUUAGCUUGGCUCAGAGUGACCCUGGGCAGGUCGGGGAGCAGGCUGCUCAGUGCUUGAUUGCAGAGGGUCAGUCGGCCAGGGACGAAUUGAUUCGGGAUGUCUUCGGAAUUAAAUCCCCUAGGACUGCGAUCAAGCGUGCCAAUUCUUUGCUUAGGUGCUUGAGGUGGCAUCUUAGAGAAAGGCAGGCCGCCUGGCCCUGGGACUGUGGCUCAUUUACCGACUUUGUAAAAUCCCUUGGGGUUGGUGCAAGUGCAGUCGCAGGCCUCUUUGAAGCUGUGAAUUUUGCACAUCAUGUUAUGGGCAUGCCGUUCUGCAAAGAGAUCCUUGAGGACCGCAGGUUGCAGGGUCGGGCCAAGAGGCUUGAGGGCGAGCGAGCAGAGGUGAAACAGCAGGAUCCUCUCACCGUGGAGUGUGUUGCAAAACUGGAGAAGCUUGUGGCCAGCAACUCUUUGUGUGAUGCAGACACUUAUGUGCUGGGUGGGAUUGUCUUCUGUCUGUAUAGCCGCUCGAGGUGGUCCGAUCUUAGAAAUCUCAGGUGUAUAUGGGUGGACUUUGAGGGCGACGACCAGCAGUCUGGAUUUGUAGAAGCGAGGACCCGUGAUCACAAGACCAGCAAUACAGUCAAGACGAAGAGGCGUGCGAUGCCUCUGGUGGCCCCGUUUCCCGGAGUCACUGAUGCCAACUGGGUGAAAGCCUGGUGGAAUGCCGGGCUGCGUCUCGGUGUGCAGUGGGAUUCAGAGCCCUUUGGGCCUCUGGUCCGUGCCCCAGAUGCCGAGGGCCAGCUGUGCAAGAGACGGUGCACUUCAAGCGAAGCCGGUGUGAUGUUGUGCAAUGCCUUGGACCUGGAUGGAGACCAGAGGCGUACGUCACAUGUCUUGAAGGGUACGACUUUAGCUUGGGUGGGCAAGCGCGGCUUCGGAGAGCGGGAUAGCCUUCUUCUUGGUCACCAUGCUCCGGGCUCAGGCUCGUUGGCAUGCUACAGUCGGGAAUUGUUGAGCGCGCCCCUUCGCGCAUACAGGGCUAUGCUUGCCGAAAUCAGGACGAACGUCUUCAGGCCAGAUAGUACCCGAUCGGGAUGGCUCUCAAAGGAUUCUCUUCUGCCCACUUUUGGGGAAUUUGCAAGUGUUCAACUUGGGAGCUCAGGCGGUGCCUUCGGCCUUGGUGCACAGCUAGGGCAUGAGCCAGUCGAUGUGGGGCAUCAGACAGAAGUACCAGGAGAGCUUGAACAUUAUUAUGCGAACAAUUUGCCUCCAGACUUACCGGGCUCCUCACGGCCAAGCGAGCUGGGUCGUGAUGAUGGCUCCUGGGAUCAUGUUGAGCACCCUUUGCCCGAUGCUGGGGAGCAGGGACUCGAAUCUGGGAGUGAGGCGCUCUUUCCUGAAUUGUUUGGGGACAGUGCGCGGGACACGACACUGGAGGGCUGUGACGCAAGUUCAUCCUCUUCGUCUUCGAGCUCAUGCUCUUCAGAGGCCAGUGAGACGGAAGAGCAAACUAUCACAGCGAGUGGUGUAAGCCAACCGUUUGAGAUUCAUGAGCCAUGCUGGCAACACAUCAAGUCGAGGAUGCUUCAUCGCCCGCAAGGCGGGCAGGCAGCGUGCAAAACGAAGUGUGGGAGACGCACGGCCAAUGUGUACAGGUGGCUAGAGGGAGCCUUUUUCCGGUGGCCUAGGUGUGCAGUCUGUUGGAAAGGAGAACUGUUAGAUUCCACUCGUGCCCUCAAUGAGCGGCUUGAUGAGCUUAUGAACCGUAAUGACGGUGCGUGA